AAAGAAACAGAAAGGUUGCCCAACAACAUCAACGGACGAAUGUGAUAAGAAGCUCCAAGAAGUAGAAACAGAACUAAGAGAUUUAAAAGACAAGAUAAAGGUAUCAGCGGAUGGAUCACUGCAGGCGAAAUUCAUGGAAACACUUAUGCAAAUGAAAGAACUGCAAAGAAUUAGUCGACGUUUUGAGGACAAUGUUGAAACCAAGAUGAGAGAAAUUGAAUCGCUGAAUAUGGCACUGCAGAGCGUGGAAACUAAAUUGCGCCAGAAAGAAGCAGAACUGGACGCAAAAUGUAAAUCUCCUGAUGAAAGAACGACUGAUCUCAGAGACGAAAUUGACCAGCUUCGUCAAAGCAACAAGGAAAUGUUAGACAAAAAAGACAAAGAGUUGGAAACUCUGCGAUCAACUCUGCAAGAUACAGAAAUGAAAUUGGGCAAAAAAGAAGAAGAUCAGCACGAACAGUGCUCAAUCAAUGGUGAGUAA